GGCGGGGCAUGGCCGCGGCGCCCGGAGGGUCCGUGCCGCCCGCCGGCCCCGGCCCGCGCCUGGGCUUCAGCACCGCGGACAGCAGCGUCGCCACAAGCGGGCUGAACCCGGGGGCCGCGGUGCCCAUGAAGGACCACGACGCCAUCAAGCUCUUCGUGGGGCAGAUCCCGCGGGGCUUGGACGAGCAGGACCUCAAGCCGCUGUUCGAGGAGUUCGGCCGCAUCUACGAGCUGACCGUGCUGAAGGACCGGCUCACCGGCCUCCACAAAGGCUGUGCCUUCCUCACCUACUGCGCCCGGGACUCUGCUCUCAAGGCCCAGAGUGCACUGCACGAGCAGAAGACCCUGCCAGGGAUGAAUCGUCCGAUCCAAGUGAAGCCGGCUGCCAGUGAGGGCCGAGGAGAGGACCGGAAGCUGUUUGUGGGGAUGCUGGGCAAGCAGCAGGGUGAGGAGGACGUCAGACGCCUGUUCCAGCCCUUUGGCCACAUUGAGGAGUGCACGGUCCUGCGGAGCCCGGAUGGCACCAGUAAAGGCUGUGCCUUUGUGAAGUUCGGGAGCCAAGGUGAAGCCCAGGCGGCCAUCCAGGGUCUGCACGGGAGCCAGACCAUGGCGGGUGCCUCGUCCAGCCUCGUGGUGAAGCUAGCAGAUACUGACCGCGAGCGUGCCCUACGUCGAAUGCAGCAGAUGGCCGGCCAGCUGGGAGCCCUGCACCCUGCGCCACUGCCCCUUGGGGCCUGUGGCGCCUACACCACUGCGAUCCUGCAGCACCAGGCAGCCCUGCUGGCGGCAGCCCAGGGUCCUGGCCUCGGCCCAGUAGCAGCUGUGGCAGCCCAGAUGCAGCAUGUUGCAGCCUUCAGCCUAGUGGCUGCACCUCUGUUGCCUGCAGCAGCCAACUCCCCACCUGGAGGUGGUCCAGGCACCCUCUCUGGUUUCCCUGGACCCAUCGGGGUCAAUGGAUUCGGCCCCCUGACCGCCCAGACCAACGGGCAGCCGGGCUCUGACACGCUGUACAAUAAUGGGCUCUCUCCCUACCCAGCCCAGAGCCCUGGUGUGGCUGACCCCCUGCAGCAGGCCUACGCUGGGAUGCACCACUAUGCAGCAGCCUAUCCAUCGGCCUAUGCCCCAGUGAGCACAACUUUUCCCCAGCAGCCUUCAGCCCUCCCCCAGCAGCAGAGAGAAGGUGAGGAACUAGGGGUUGGAGAUGGGGGCCUGGUGGGGCUGGACCAAGGCCCUCCCCUGAACCAGCCUGCUCCUGUCCCUGCAGGCCCCGAAGGCUGUAACCUCUUCAUCUAUCACCUGCCUCAGGAGUUUGGGGAUGCGGAACUCAUACAGACCUUCCUGCCCUUUGGAGCCGUCGUCUCUGCCAAAGUCUUUGUGGAUCGUGCCACCAACCAGAGCAAGUGUUUUGGGUUUGUUAGUUUUGACAAUCCAACCAGUGCCCAGACUGCUAUUCAGGCCAUGAAUGGCUUUCAAAUUGGCAUGAAGAGGCUCAAGGUCCAGCUAAAGAGGCCUAAGGAUGCCAACCGGCCUUACUGAUCUGCUCUCACCAACAGCCACAGAAAGGUGUCAUCCUCCUCUGUCUGCAGAGACCCCAGGACACCUGUUCAGCAAAACUGGGGUCAGGGAUCCAUUCAAAGUUCCAUGAACUCCAACCACGGCACCAGGAGUCACACAGGACAAACCUGGCCCUGGGACCUGGAGUGUGGCCAUGGAGAAUAUAAUUCCAAUGAAUGGGUUCGCAGGCUGGAUUAAGCUAAAGUGGUGUCUCUUCACAAGCUCAAGUCUGCAGGACUGGGGAAUUUCCUUCUUCUUGGUUUGGGAUGGAAGAGUAGAAAAGGCAGAGAGCUGAAAUGAUGCAUGUAUGUGAUUUUUACAGAGUGAGGAGCAAGCACAUUAACAAAAUUGUCACUGAAGGACUGGCCUAAGGGUCUGAACUGGAUAGGAAAACAAAUGAAGCCAGGAAGAUCCUGGAAACUAUGAAUCAGCUGAGAUCCAGGACGAGUAGCCAAGCUGGUAGUAGAGAUACCAGUGGUUAGAGAGGGAGUCCUGGAAAGUUAUGGAAUUCUGGAGUUUGACCUUUCAUCCAUGUCACAUACCCCCUGCACAUACUCCAAGUAGUAUGUUCAAACACACUCCCAGACGUGCAUGGCUCUCAGAAAACAUUGUGGGGCCCUUCAUCAUGAGUUGUUUUAGGGAACAGGGCCAACUCCUUCUGCACCUGCUCUGAGCUUCUGUACUCUGAAACUUAGCCAUGUCCUUCAGUUUUUUCAGUUAUUUUAAGUAGUGACCAAGACACAAACUAAAACUGACACAGUAUUAUGGCUCAGGAUGAGUGACAAGGCAAAUAGAGAGGGCAUCAAAAGGAAAACCAGUCAGAAAGCAGAGGGUAUGUACUAACAUUAAAAAAAGCAUUAUUGGGAAAUUUCUGAUAGGGGUUGGCUGGCUCAGGAGAGAUGGAUAUGGCUUUUUUUUCUUUUCUUUUUGGUGCAGGGCACGGAAUCCAGAGGCCCAUACAUGCUAAACACAUACUCUAUCACUGAGCUAUGCCCCCAGCCCUGCCUGAGUGUUUUCACUCAGGACCAAGGCCUACCUUGUUUCUGUUGUGUCCAGCUAAAAAGAGGGAAGGAUAAAGGGAAGUGGAUCCAUAAGCCUUUUUGCAAUAGUACUGAUGAAAAAGAGGGCUGUGUGGAACUCUAAGACUGAUAAAGAUGCAAAUUGGGGAGGUCAUGUCUAGGGUUAAUAACCAUAAUAACUACAAUGACAGGUUUAACCUUUGGACUGCAGAUGCCCACAACUUACAGUGGGGUUACAUCCCCAUUAACCUGUUGUAAGCUGAAAUACAGAAAGUUGUAAAUGCAUUUAGCAUGCCUACCUUCUGAACACCAUAGCUCAGCAAUGCUCCACUGUAGAAUAUAUGUCAUUUACCUUCUUGGAGAUAGUGUGGGAGAUGUUGUAGCUUUAUGUGCACAACAGAUAGGUGAUCUGCUGGCUCUUGGAGACCACAGGGGCAUCCUGCUCUCACCGUACUUCCUUGUGUGUGUGUUUUUUUGGGUUUUUUUUGGUACUGGGGAUCGAACUCGGGAACUUGCGCUUGCGAGGCAGGCACCAGAACCACUGAGCUAAAUCCCCGGCCCUCACCAUACUUCCUUAACAUCCUAACAUGAACCUAAAGAAUAUGGUCCUGUCCUAUAACACUUCCAUGACCUCUGCCACGAGCCCAGGCAGUAUAAAUCCUUUAGAGUAACUGAGGGUGGCCCUACAGUCAUCAUAAUAUAACUAGCAUUGGGAUUUUCAUCCCAUUCUGGGUCUCUGCUCCUUUGGGCAUAUAAAGUCAGUAAAUCUCCUCCAGACCUGAUGGUGGAAGACUCUCAGUUAAUUGGACAGAGCCUAGUUAGUUAACACCCUUGGCAACUCCCCACAUUGUAGGAAAAGGAAAGCCAACUUUGGGACUCACUGCAGUUGCCAUCUCUGGCUGUGCCCACCCUUCAUUCUUGAGGGUGAACUGUUUCUUUUUUUUUUUUCCAUACUGAGAUCGGACUCAGGACCUUGCAAAUGCAAGGAAGGUGAGGCACCACUGAGCUAAAUCCCUAUCCCCUAGGGUGGACUUUUCUUACUAUUACCACCUCUGAGCUCCGCCUCCCUGGAAUUCUCCCAAGUGCAUUUAGCCUCAAAACUAAAACCGCUUGAGUCAAGCAUGUUCUUAAGCUUUCUCAUCAGCCCACUCCUUCUCUGUGGAGGAUUUUUUCCUUUUAAUAAAUCUCUGCCU